AUGAAGUGCGUCCUGCUCGCCCUGGCCCUCGUGUGUGGCAUCCAGGCCAUCGCCAUCCCCCAGGCCAUGAAGAACCUGGACAUCUCAAAGAUGGCCGGGACCUGGCACACCGUGGCCAUGGCGACCAUAGACCCUGCCCUCCUGGACACUGAAACCACCCCUGUGCAUGUGUUCAAGAAGCUGAGCGUCACCCCCCAGGCCAACAUGGAGAUCACCAUGAACCAGCGGGAGAUGAACAAAUGUGUGGAGAAAAAGUUCUGGGCUCAGAAAACCGCUGUCCCUGCCAAGUUCCAGAUCAACUCCCUGGAGCAGAACGAGAUGUUCGUGAUGGACACUGACUACCAGGACUUCCUGAUGAUCUGCAUGGAGAAGAGCACCGCCCCCGAGCAGACCCUGGCCUGCCAGUGCCUGAUCAAGACCUUAACCCCCACCAAUCCCACCAAUGACAAGGCACUGGAGAAGUGCAACAAAGCCAUCGAGACCAUGCCCAUGUACAACAAGAUCUUCCUCAGCCCCAGCCAGCUGACCGAGCAAUGCCCCUUCUAG